CGAAAAAGAAAGCAAGAAUAAAUAGUUCAUAACAGCAUGAGAAGAAGCAUAAGGCAAGUGAGACCAACAUAACAUAACAUGAUCACCCAACCAAAUCUGAAUCAAUAUGUACUUGCAAUAGUAGACAAAUGCAAUCACAUCAACCAUUUGAAGCAACUCCAAGCUUUUCUCAUCUCCAUCGGCCACGGCCAAACCCAGUUCUUCGCAUUCAAGCUCGUUCGCUUCUGCACACUCGUCCUCUCCAACCUCAAUUACGCUCGAUUCAUCUUCGACAAUCUCAACUCCCCCAAUAUCUACCUCUGCACCGCCAUGAUCACUGCCUAUGCUUCCCACUCCGACCACAAGUCAUCCCUUCUCUUGUACCGCGACAUGGUUCGCCGGAGACGCCCUCAGCCCAACCACUUUAUCUAUCCCCACGUCCUCAAGUCUUGCCCGGAAGUUAUGGAGUCUCGUGGGACUGAACUGGUUCAUACCCAGAUAUUGAAAUAUGGUUUUGAGAAAUACCCAGUUGUGCAAACGGCGCUUUUGGAUUCGUACUCGAGGUUUUGUUCUGAUCUUGGGACUGCCAGACAGUUGUUCGACGAAAUGUCCGAGAGGAAUGUUGUGUCCUGGACUGCUAUGGUUUCUGGGUAUGCUAGACUUGGGAAGAUGGGGAAUGCGGUGUUACUGUUUGAAGAAAUGCCCGAGAGGGAUGUUCCGUCUUGGAACGCUGUGAUUGCGGGGUGUACACAGAACGGGCUGUUUUCGGAGGCAAUUUCUCUGUUUAGGAGAAUGGUUAGCCUUUCAGAGGAAGAGCCGUGUCCAGGGAAUAGGCCGAAUCAGGUUACAGUUGUAUGUUCACUCUCAGCCUGUGGACACACGGGUAUGCUUCAGAUUGGUAGAUGCAUCCAUGGCUAUAUUUAUAGAAAUGGGCUUGGUUCUGAUUCGUAUAUUUCCAAUGCUCUGGUGGAUAUGUAUGGAAAAUGUGGUAACUUAAAAGAAGCAAGACAGGUUUUUGACAAGACAAAAAAGAGAAGUUUGACGUCGUGGAAUUCCAUGAUCAAUUGUUUUGCCCUCCAUGGCGAGAUUGGGGGCGCCAUCAGUGUCUUUGAGGAAAUGACGCUGUGUAAAGGUGAUGUAAAACCAGAUGGGGUUACAUUUGUUGGUUUGUUGAAUGCUUGUACCCAUGGAGGAUUGGUCAAGGAAGGCUGGUUUUAUUUUGAUUUGAUGACUAGGGUUUAUGAUAUUGAGCCUCAGAUUGAGCACUAUGGGUGCUUAAUAGACCUUCUUGGUCGAGCAGGACGAUUUGAAGAAGUCAUGGAAGUUGUAAGGGGGAUGAGGAUGCCGCCUGAUGAGGUUGUUUGGGGAUCUUUGCUUAACGGCUGUAAGAUUCAUGGCCGCAUAGAUUUGGCUGAAUUUGCUGUCAAGAAACUGGUUGAGAUCGAUCCGAAUAAUGGUGGUUAUGGUGCAAUGUUGGCAAAUAUCUACGUAGAGUCGGGGAAGUGGGACGAGGUUAGGAAGGUAAGGAAGAUUCUGAAGGAGCAAAAUGCUCAUAAGGCACCUGGUUGCAGUUGGAUUGAGGUUGAUAACCAAGUUCACCAGUUCUAUUCUGUUGAUAAAACACAUCCUAAAACAGAGGAGAUCUACACAAUUUUGGGUUGUCUGGUUGGCUUUUCUUAGUUUAUAGCUCUGCUGGGAUUGUCUCCUCUUAUCAUCAAACACUGCCCUUUGUACAUGUACCUCAAAGUUGCUUAAAUUUGAUAUGGAAAUCUCAAACACCACUUACACUCACAAAUCUAUUUCUUCCGAGCUAAAAGUAGUGCCAUGCCAUCAUCUAAUCUUAAGAUCAGAAUGUGUCUAGGCUUAUCGAGGGCUAAUGUUAUUGGAGCCAAGAUAACAUGCCAAGGUUCUCUGUCCUAUUUAAUCUUGUAUUACAUUUUGUUGAGAAGAGAAGAAGACUGUUUAACAGAAAAGGUUUCUGAAGCUGUUUCUAUAAGUUGCAAUCCACUCUUCUGGUUCACGUUUGUCUUUUCUCUGAGUUGUUCUGGGAGAUUGGUUACCUGUCGUUUUCUGAACAGUGAAUUUCAACUCAUCUCCUUUGGAAUUCUCUUGAACAGCACUGGCGGUGAAAGGUGAGAAGAGACUAGUAAACUAGCAAGAUGCUUGGUACACAAUGUCGCUCCUUACAACCAUUCUAAAAAUAGCCUAAUGGGUGCGAUGUCAAAUGCCAUAAGGACAUACUGCAAGCCCUUGCUGACACCAAUUGGUUUUAGGGACAUGGUGAUAGGCCAAUGCAGCUCUUCAAUUAGUGAGUACUCAAAUUCAAAGACUAAUUUUGUGCCAGAACUCCCAUGUUGCUUGAAGAAUUCACCCCCAUUAGCAUCCCUUGCAAUAAGGAUCCAUUUCUGUACAAUAGGUGGUUCGAACGGCAGGAAAAGCUCUCCUGGAUUGGCGGUGGACCAACAGAGACUACAUGGGGUCAUAUGCAAAUCAUUCCUGCCAGCCAGCACGCUUUGAGAAUCUUGAGAUUUCUGUUGCUCGGGGAAAAUGAUUUGUAAACAUGUGUAACUUCUCAGAAACAAUCGGAAGUAGAUGAUGAAUUCACUGUAGUUGAACACAACUUUGACUUUGGAAUUUCAUCUCUAUACCUAAACUCCAUUUAGGAAACAAUUCAGUUUAUUUCAUUUUCUACUUUUUUA